AUGGUAAUACUCCCGGCUCAAGAGGUUGAUCGUAUGAACUAUCUAGAUAUAAUUUUUCAAGGAACUGAAGGAUGUAAUAGAGAAGCAAUGGAUCAAGCAGCUAGAGGUGGUCAUUUUUCAAUUUUGAAAUGGCUGCAUGAGAAUCGUACUGAAGGAUUCUCUUUUGACGCAUUCUAUAACAUCAUUGAAUAUGGUCACCAACUUGAAAUAUUCGAAUGGUUAUACGAUCAUCGAGAAAUUAACUCUGAUGAUUUCCAAUUCUUUAUAGAGAGAGUUGUGGAAUAUGGAAGAAUUGAAAUCUUCAAAUUUCUUCUUUCUAAAAAAAGAGAGUAUAAUGCAACUCAUUUCAUUUAUAAUACUAUUACCAAUAGUAAUCUGGAGAUGGUGAAAUACAUCUAUGAAAAUGGAAUCGAUGAUAAUCUUGAUAAAGAUUUAUUUGGAUUGGCAGUCGAUAAUAAUGAUGAUGACAUUCUCAAAUACAUACUCGAGAAAAUCGAUGGGACCAUUAGUUUGGACAUUGACCAAGCAAUCAUCUCUUCUAUUUCACGACAUCAAUUGGGUAGACCAAGCAGUGCAUUGUUGAUCUUAUCAUCAAGAGCAGUGCUGGUGGGUGGAACUGCACGAUAUAGUUGGAAGUUAAAAUCUCAUCGUGAGCGUGCUCCAAACCUGUCAAAGCACAACAUUGCAAGUCUUGGACCAAAUGGUAUAAUGGUGCGAUACUCUUUACCUUGCUGUCAAUUACAAGAUAUACUUACAAUUGAUCAAAGAGUUGAUGACUUUGGUGAAUCGAUGGAUAAACAAGUGCUCAUUUAA